AGCCUGCUCCCCCUGGCCCAGCCUGCCAGGCAUCGCCCUGGUCAUAAGCAGCCCACGUGAUGCUCGGACGUGGAGCUGGCCGGUUGAAGUGGUGGCCUCCCCCGCCCACGCGCGCCCGGAAGGAGCUGGAAGGAGGAAGUGAUCCGGGAGGCCUGGGCCCGAGGGCGGGCUGGCUGGGCCUGCAGGGGACACCCCCCAGGGGGAAGGCCCGGGACAGGCAGGGCCCGCCUUUGCUCCGGUCCGGUCCGGGCUGUCGCUGUCGGGGCGAGCGGUGGGAGGCCGGCGGGCCGGAGCGAAGCUCCCACCUGCCUGGAGGGGCGGGGCCUGAGGCCGGGGGCGGGGAAGAGGCCGGCCCCAACCGGGCUCCCUUCUGCCCUGAGGGGCGGGGCCUGGAGCCGCCGGGGGCGGGGUCUGCCGCCGGGGGCGGGGGCGGGGGCGGGGCCGGCCCUCGGGAGGGGCGGGCGGCGGGAGCGCGGGCCGCAGUGUUGCCGCGGAGUCCGCCGAGCUGUCGUCGCCUCCGCCGCUAUGGGGCAGAUCGAGUGGGCCAUGUGGGCCAACGAGCAGGCGCUGGCGUCCGGCCUGAGUUUUUCUAUUGUGGAAAGCCCCAUCUGACCAGACCGUGUCACCCGCUGCUCAAAGCCCUCGGUGCCUUUCGGGUACACACAACGGAAGCCACUUCUGGCCGCCCCCUUCCCUGCCCCGCCAGCUCCCUCCCUGCUCCGGAGCUCCGAGGGCACCUGCUUCCUUUCUGUUCCCGGAUCUCCUGAGCGGAUCCAAGAGCCUUGCUGAAGAGGCAUCUUCUGUCUGAAGCAUCUGUGGACAGCUGGCUUUUCCAUUCAUUUCUCGGCUCAAAUUGCCACGAGCCUGGAGGAGUCUUUGGGGAGCACCAGACGUAAAGUAGCCCCAGGCCUCCCGUCACGUUCCCUGUUCCAGUUCCAAUGUGUAUUUCUGUUCCCCCGACAAGACCGUAAGGCCCCCAAGAGCCAAGGCCUCACCUUUCCUUGUUCCGGUGCGUCCUGUACUUACUAGGGCUCUGUCAGCCUUGGUGGGUGACGGAGCAGCCCUGCCGUCCUGGUGAGUCACCGGUGUCUUUGCCCCCCUCUUGCUGAUGGCAGGCAGCGAAACUGCAGCUCGGGAGGGGGGACGAGGCACCCAAGACAAGUGUGCUGAGUGCCCUGUUCCAGCCCCCACCCCGCACGCACGCUGCCGGGCAAGCACACGUGGUUAAUGUGUAGCAAAGCUCAGCACAGGAGUAGGAAAUCUGCGGGCUGGAAAAGCAGAGUGAGGAUUCAAGGUGGUGUCCGGGGGCCGAAGGAGGGGGGGCCCGGGGAACAGCGACACCGUCAGGGGCUUCGACUCUCACUCGGUGGGG